GCCGUAUAGCGUGUGUGUUUCGUUUCAAUACAAGAUGCACGCAAGCAUUUCGAAGUUAAAUUUCUCCAUCGAAAUAGGUCGUACUGGACGAGUCCGUUAUCUCGCCAGUUAAAUAUCAAUCGUUCGUUCAGACACAUCAUUUCCUACGAGAAACUUCUUUACUUGAAGUAGCUGUAUAACUCAAUCAAAUAGACGUAAAGAUGAAGAUUGUAAUCGGAUUUAUUUUCCUAGUGUCUCCUUGUUGGUUCGGGCAUUAUAAUUCCAGGGAAAUUAAACAGAUUAUUGAAAUUGACAAAGAAGUAAUUAAUCAAGAACCAGGAUUCAAGCAAAUUCAUGCUUUAAAUUCCACUACUGUGUCAACUGGUCAAAUAUCAGCAACGAAACUGGGUCCUUGUUACUGUGCAGGUGGUUUGUGUGCUUGUUGUUCUAGACUUUUAUUUAAUGCAUGGAAGCAGAAGGCAUGUGUCAACGUUACUUACGAUCCUGACGAGUUUAGUUUCACAACUAAAAUACUGAUGAACGACAGAAUUCUAUAUAUGAGGACUAUAUCGGGAAAAAAUCCUAGACCAGUGUGCGUGCCUAUUCCAAGAUUUCCAUUAGUGAGAGUGUGUGUAAGAUUUUAUAAUAUUUAUUUCCAAGGAAAAAAUAUCCAUACCUGCAUUAGCAUAGAGGGAAAGUUUCGCGACACCAGCCUGUUUACGGUUGGCCUAGAUUGUCUCAGAUUCGGGACUAAGGGAGUGGCUAUUGUGAAACCAGAGGACGGGGGAGGCUUAGGCCAAGUUGAAUUUUUACCUAGUGAUAAUACUGAAGAUGAAAAUGAAUAUUAUGAUGAAAACGAUUAUGAUGACGAGGAUGAAGACGACCUUCACGGAGAUGAUGAAGAUGAUCUAUUUAAUUAUGACAUACAAUAAGUGUACUGUUAUCAAAUCAGUUUUAAUGCAUAUUAAACUAUAAAGUAGGAAAAAAAUUGAAAAAAGUCUACGGCUUUUUUAUAAGAAUUUUACAACGCCGCAAAGCUGUCGUAUAUCCGUGUCGUGAAGAUGACGUAAAAACAUCGUUGCGAUAUUGAAAUGUCGAUAAGACGUCCUUUAUUUUUUGCCCACUGGGUAAAAAGUUAAAGGCAAAAGGGUAGAGACUUAUGACUAGAAUUCUAAUGACGCAUCGUAGAAAGGGGUAUACAACAUAUUUUUUAAAGUGAAGGGGGGCUUUGAUGAAGCUCCCUAGUAAUAAUCGGUAAAUUCAGAAGAAUUAAGAAUUUAUGUACCUAUCAAUACAUUAUUUUUGCUCCGUCUAAAACCAUCCAAUGGGAAAAUAAAAAGUACAAAUCCUAUUCCUCCCAAUCGACUUAGUAAUAAGUUAAAGUAAGCAUUGAUUUAACCUAUUAUUUUCCUUAUCAAAUCACUUUAUAGCUUGAACAUUUGUGACAUAUUUAAGUUAAUAUUUAUUUAUAUUUUAAUACUUUAAUAGCGUUAACAAAUGCAUUGAUCUCUGCUAACAUAUAGGAGAAUGCAUUACACAUGAAAUCUAUUGAAAUUUGUGAAAUUAAGGUAAUUUUAACUCUAGAGAGGCAGACUUGAAUUAAUUAGAAUUAAAAUUUUACGACUUAUAUUCCACCUGAAGAAAUUGAAACAAUUUAUUAAACAUAUGUUGUGAAGUGAUUUGAAGGACUUAAAUAAAUUUAAAAUGUGAACAUUUUGGCAGAAUACAAAACAUCUCUGUGAGGUGUGCUACCUGUAAAAUUAGAAGAAAUCAAAUACACUGAAAAUACGUUCUCUUUUAUGGAGUGGAAGACUAUGGCAUUUCAGACAGAUGGAAAAAGUGCAUAUUCAAAAGAAUAAAAUAAUAGCAUUCAUAUUAUAUAUGAAUUUAUUAUUAAUUUAUUAUAAAUUGUAUAAAUUUAGUUAUAUUGUAGAUAAUUCUAUUGCUAGGUAUAUAAUAUAUUAUUAUAUCUUGUUUGUGCAAAUCAAACAUAUAAAUAUUCAAUAUUUUUCUCAGCUUACCACGUGACUCAAAUUCUAAAACAGAACGUCGUGUGCGCUACUUAAACAUAUACUUUCCUCAUGCCGCACGUGAGUGCAUGUAUUUUUCUGGCAAUCUCAGCAUAAAAUAAAAA